CCUGUCCCCGCCGAAGCUCUGGACCUUUCCAAAGCCUGGCUAGGAGGGUGGGGAGAACCCUUGCGCCUGGGGAGCCGGGCUGUUUCUGGGUGACGCUGCGGACUCCUCUUGCUCGUGUCAUCGUGUCCUUCCCUGGAGACAGAGACGUGGGAGAGCCCUGGACCAGGGACAGAGUGGCGGGCGAGCCCGAGCUGAGGGAGCCGCUCCGGGUGCCCCCACCCCCGCGGGCGUCAGUGGUGCUGGCCGAAGGCAGGGCUCGCGGUUGCGGGGCUCGCGUCGCUGUCAGUGCGGUGGAGCGCGCGAGCGGCGCGGGCGCGGGCGCGGGCUAGCGGAGCCCGAAGAAGCUGAGGGGGCGGUAGCGGCGGCGGCGGCGACGGCAACUACGACUCCCGCGCGAGUGCCCAGCCUCCUCCCGCCGCAGCCGCCCUUUUCCUCCCUCCCGUACGUCCCCGAGUGCAGCGGCACCGCCUCCUUCCCAGCCGCGCGGCUUUCUCCAGACCUCUGGGCGCGGGUCAGCCCUAUUCCCAGACGCAGCUGGUGUUGACCCUGUAACUCAAAGGAGGAAACAACUGGCUAAGCUCAGCAUUGUUACUGGUGGGCACCAUGUCCUUGAAGAUUCAGGCAAGUAAUGUAACCAACAAGAAUGACCCCAAGUCCAUCAACUCUCGAGUCUUCAUUGGAAACCUCAACACAGCUCUGGUGAAGAAGUCAGAUGUGGAGACCAUCUUCUCUAAGUAUGGCCGUGUGGCUGGCUGUUCUGUGCACAAGGGCUAUGCCUUUGUUCAGUACUCCAACGAGCGCCAUGCCCGGGCAGCUGUGCUGGGAGAGAAUGGGCGGGUGCUGGCCGGGCAGACCCUGGACAUCAACAUGGCUGGAGAGCCUAAGCCUGACAGACCCAAGGGACUAAAGAGAGCAGCAUCUGCCAUAUACAGUGGCUACAUCUUUGACUAUGAUUACUACCGGGACGACUUCUACGACAGGCUCUUUGACUACCGCGGCCGUCUGUCACCUGUGCCAGUGCCCAGGGCAGUCCCUGUGAAGCGACCCCGGGUCACAGUUCCUUUGGUCCGGCGUGUCAAAACUAACAUACCUGUCAAGCUCUUUGCCCGCUCCACAGCCAUCACCACCAGCUCAGCCAAGAUUAAGUUAAAGAGCAGUGAGCUUCAGGCCAUCAAGACGGAGCUGACACAGAUCAAGUCCAAUAUCGACGCCCUGCUGAGCCGCUUGGAGCAGAUCGCUGCGGAGCAGAAGGCCAAUCCAGAUGGCAAGAAGAAAGGUGAUGGUGGUGGCGGCAGCGGUGGUGGUGGUGGUGGCAGCGGCAGCGGCGGCGGCGGCGGUGGCAGCGGCAGUGGUGGUGGCGGUGGCAGCAGCCGGCCACCAGUCCCCCAAGAGAACACGACGUCUGAGGCAGGCCUGCCCCAGGGAGAAGCACGGACUCGAGACGACGGCGAUGAGGAGGGGCUGCUGACACAUAGUGAGGAAGAGCUGGAACACAGCCAGGACACAGACGCGGACGAUGGGGCCUUGCAGUAAGCAGCCUGACAGGAGCAAUGGCCAGCAGGAGAAGGGCAUUACUGCCCUAGGCCUCAAGUCGGGCACCCAUCCCUGGAUGCCACCCCCCAGCGGGUACCAGAGGAAAGCUGGCAGCAGGCGCCUCCUCCCGCAACGCAUCCCAGCCAGUGCUGUGUCCUCUGCAGGUGGAGUUACUGGCCUACUCCUUCCCCGUGAACCCUCCCUAUCUGCACUGCCCGGGCCAGAGGGUAGAGCACUCUGCCUCCUCUCCCCAGGACACUCCCAGGCUUGGGGUUUUUCUAUAGGUUUGGCGGGGGCCGGGGGGAGGGAAUACAGGGAGGGGACCCUGACAAUAAAGAGAUUGGAUCCCAA